AUGAGUCCCAAACAGUCCCAAGAGCCUAUUGCCAUCGUAGGGAGCGCAUGUCGCUUCCCCGGCGGCGCGGCCUCCCCCUCGGCCUUGUGGAAGCUCCUCAAGGAACCCCGUGACGUUUGCACCGAUAUCCCAUCGGAUCGCUUCGACACAACGACAUUCUAUCACCCGGAUGGCAGCCACCAUGGCACAACCAAUGUCCGACAGUCCUACCUGUUGGAGGAAGACGUGCGCGUUUUCGACGCAGCCUUCUUCAACAUCAGCCCUAACGAGGCCGACUCCAUCGACCCGCAACAGCGCCUGCUCCUGGAAACAGUGUACGAGGCCCUCGAGGCGGGCGGCCAGUCUCUCGAUGCCCUUCGCGGCUCUGAUACCGCCGUGUACGCCGGCACCAUGACUGCGGACUACAAUGAGACCCUUACACGAGACCACAAUACCAUGCCGACCUACUUCGCGACAGGUACGAACCGGGCUGUCAUCUCGAAUCGGGUAUCAUACUUCUUUGACUGGCAUGGUCCGAGCAUGACCAUUGACACUGCGUGCUCGUCUAGUCUGAUCGCCGUGCAUGAGUGCGUCAAGUCGAUCCGCAUCAGGGAGUCACGCACUGCGGUGGCAGCCGGCACGCAGGUAAUCCUUAACCCAGAGAUGUACAUCAAUGAGAGCAAACUGAAGAUGCUCUCCCCGACCGGCCGGUCACGCAUGUGGGACGUUGAUGCAGACGGAUACGCCCGAGGCGAGGGCGUAGCGGUUGUGGUGUUGAAGCUACUUAGCGACGCCAUCGCCGAUGGCGACCACGUCGAGUGCGUAAUCCGUGAGACAGGCGCAAACCAAGACGGCUUCUCCAACGGCCUCACGGUCCCCAGCACAGACGCACAGGCAGCGCUCAUCCGGGAGACAUAUGCGAAAGCCGGGCUUGACCCGGCCGGCGACGCCCGCGACCGGCCGCAGUUCUUCGAGGCACACGGCACGGGCACGCAGGCUGGAGAUCCGAAGGAGGCGGCGGCCAUAUAUAACACAUUUGGGAGGCACAUUUCCAGCACCGAGACCCCACUGUACGUGGGCUCGGUCAAGACCAUCAUUGGCCACUUGGAGGGUGCAGCGGGCCUGGCGGGCGUGCUCAAGGGCUCAGCCAUGAUCCAGCAGGGCUUCAUCGCCCCCAACCUGCUGUUCAACAGCCUGAACCCACGCGUCGAGCCCUUCUACAAAGGUCUGCACGUGCCUACGCAGCUGGCCCCGUGGCCCAAGCUGCCCGAGGGUGUCCCUAGGCGUGUCAGCGUCAACAGCUUCGGCUUCGGCGGCGCCAACGCCCACGCAAUUCUGGAGGAGUACCAGCCUCGCGCUGGCCCGUCUCCAGCCCCGUCUUUCAGCUUGUCGCCAUUCGUAUUCUCAGCCGCGUCAGAAGGUUCGCUGGUAUCGCAGCUCAAGGCCUAUUCUGACCACCUGAAAGCGUGUGGCGAUGGCAUCAACACAACGGACCUGGCGUGGACAUUGCACUCCCGGAGGAGCCAGCUGCCUUACAAGGCAGCUUUUUCGGCGGUGACCCUCGAGGAUCUGGUGUUGAAGAUAGAUGAAAAGCUCACCGAUGUCGCGAAAAACGUGGGUCGCGCCAUCGGAACCCGCUCCAGUGCCAAAACAGCGUCUCCCGCUGCGCUCCUCGGUAUCUUCACAGGACAGGGAGCGCAGUGGCCCGCCAUGGGCAGCAAGCUCAUCACCUCGUCUGCGUUCUGCCGCAAUAGGGUCGAGGCUCUAGAGGCCUGCCUCGCCUCCCUUCCUCCUGAUCAUCGCCCAACAUGGAGUCUCAUGGAUGAAAUGCUUGCUGGGGCUGGAGGCGACACUGGUGCACGCCCGUCGCGCAUCAACGAGGCGGCACUGUCACAGCCCGUCUGCACCGCCGUCCAGAUCCUGCUAGUUGACCUGCUGCGAGCAGCCGGCAUCAACUUCAAGGCCGUCGUUGGCCACUCGUCCGGGGAGAUCGGCGCGGCAUAUGCCGCCGGCUUUCUCUCCGCCACGGAUGCCCUGCGCGUCGCUUACUAUCGUGGUCUCUAUGCCCGUGUCGCCGGUAAUGCCAGAAGUGGCCAGAAGGGUGCUAUGCUGGCGGCUGGCACCUCGUGGGAGGAUGCCCAGGCGCUGCUCAGGCUGCGGGCUUUCAGGGGCCGCGUGGCCAUUGCCGCUCACAACUCUCCUGCGAGCGUUACAUUGUCGGGGGACGCCGACGCUAUCGUGCACGUGAAGAAGGUACUGGACGAGGAGAAGAAGUUUGCGAGGUUCCUCAAGGUUGACACGGCCUACCACUCGCACCAUAUGAUGCCCUGCGGUGAGCUGUACGUGCAGGCCCUGAGGAACUGUGGUGUCAGAGUCAUCAAAGACCGGCCAGCCGACGCGCCAGCAUGGUACUCGAGUGUGACCGCCCUGGAUGAGCCCAUGGGGCCGUCUGAUGAUUUGCAAGACGUGUACUGGAGAGAUAACAUGUGCAAUGCGGUACUGUUCUCCGACGCCGUCAAGCACGCCGUUGCUCAGCACGAAAACAUCAGCCUUGCCGUCGAAAUUGGCCCUCACCCUGCCCUCAAGGGCCCUGCCGUGCAGAACAUUGCUGAGGUUCGAACAGCGCCCAUACCAUACACGGGUGUUCUGAGCCGUGGUACAAACGAUGUUGAGGCACUGGGUGAUGCCUUGGGUUUUGUGUGGACUCUGUAUCCAAAGCUGGUGGAUUUCCAGUCCCUCGACAGACUCGCCACUGGCCGUGGCAAUAGCAACGUGCGUUACCAGCCGAAGCUGGUCGUGGGCCUGCCGAAGUACCAAUGGAACCACGCAAGAACCCACUGGACUGAGUCUCGUAUAUCGCGGCGAAUGCGCCACCGCAAGACGGGCCCCCACGAGAUUCUCGGGUUCGAGUCCCCAGACUCCAAUGCGCACGAUAUGCGCUGGGCGAACGUGCUCAAGCCGUCCGAGAUGCCGUGGCUCAACGGUCACCAACUGCAAGGGCAGACUGUCUUCCCUGCCGCCGGAUACGUGGCCAUGGCGCUGGAGGCGUCCAAGAGACUAGCGGGCCACAGGCCCGUCCAGCUGUUUGAGCUGUAUGACCUCACCAUUCCCCGGGCCAUCACAUUCGAAGAAGGGGACAGCAAUGGUGUCGAGACCCUCGUGGCGCUCACUGCAGCCCAGCAUGACCACAACGGGGCCGUUACAGCCCAGUUUGCCUGCUACUCGACACCGGUCGUCACCAGCGGGUCAGAUCAGGAGAUGGAGCUCAUGGCCCGGGGGUCUGUCAAGGUCGUGCUCGGCGACCCCGACGUCUCGGCGCUGUCGUGCACGGUUGCGGAGGACUACAACAUGGCGACCUUUGACGCCGACCGAUUCUACUCGACCCUCGCAGAGCUCGGGUACGGCUACCACGGCCCGUUCAGGACCAUGUCGGCCAUGAAGCGCCGGCUCAACCAGUCGUCGGUGAUCGUCGACGCGUACCCGUACACGGACGCCGACCAGUCGGGCUACUUGGUCCACCCGAGCACGCUGGACGUGGCCUUCCAGUCGUCCAUCCUCGCGCACUCUGCGCCCGGGGACGGACGCCUCUGGUCGCUCUCCGUGCCGACCUCGAUCGGUGUCAUUCGCGUCAACCCCUUGGUAUGCGCGGCGCAGCCCCUGACCGGCUGUCAGCUGCUUGUGUGCGCGACGCUGGAUGCCGAGUCCCCGCACUUCUCGGGCAACAUCGACAUCUUCAGCCGGGAGGGGCAGCAAGGUAUGGUCCAGAUCGAAGGCCUGGCCAUCAAGCCCUUCGCGCCGGCCACGGCGGCCGACGACCGCGUCAUGUUCACCCACACGGAGCUCUCGCCGUACCUGCCCGACGGGGCGGCCGCCAUGGGCGAGUUGCGGCCCUCGGCGGUUGAAAAGGAGCUGGCGACUGCGUGCGAGCGCAUAUCCUUUUACUAUCUGCGCAAGUGGAAGCUGGAGCUCAGCGACGCCGCCUGGCUGGCCAACGAGCAGCAGCCGCACUGGGCUCAUCUGGGCGCGUGGGUAAGCGCGAUGCUGGGCAAGGCGUCCAAGGGCCAGCACCCGACGCUCAAGAAGGAGUGGUCGCGUGACAGCCCCGAGGACAUCCAGGCGCUGAUCAGCAAGCACCGCGACCAGUCCAUCGACGUGAAGCUGCUGCACGCCGUGGGCGAGAACCUUCCGGCGGCGGUCCGCGGCGAGACGACGAUCCUGGAGCACAUGCUGGCGGAUAACAUGCUCGACACGUGGUACCAGAAGGGCCUCGGCUUUGAGCGCUACAACCUCUUCCUGGCGCGCAUGGUGAAGCAGGUGACGCAGCGGUACCCGCACGCACGCAUCCUCGAGGUGGGCGCCGGCACGGGUGGCGCCACCAGGGCGGUCCUCGACGCCAUUGGGGACAACUUCUCGUCGUACACAUACACGGACGUGUCGGUCGGCUUCUUCCCAAGAGCGGAGGAGCUGUUCGCGAAACACCAUGGCGGCAAGAUGGCCUUCAAGGUGCUGGACGCCGAGAAAUCCCCCGAAAGCCAGGGCUUCGAGCCGCACUCAUACGAUAUCGUCCUUGCGUCGAACGUGUUACAUGCUACCGGGUCAAUGGCGAGGACUCUUGAAAACACCCGCAGGCUGCUGCGGCCGGGUGGCUACCUGAUGCUGCUCGAGAUCACGGGCCAAGCGCCCGUCCGCUAUCACAACGUCGUGGGCAGCGUGCCAGGCUGGUGGCUUGGUGUCGACGACGGACGCAGAUUCUCGCCGCUGAUGACGCCUGGUGCGUGGAAUUCUGCGCUGCGCAAGGCUGGUUUCGGCGGGGUGGACGCCAUCACGCCCCAGGUCGACGGCGUGUCGUGGCCGCUUUCCAUCAUGGUCUCGCAGGCUGUUGAUGAAAAUGUGAACCUUUUGCGACGGCCGCUGUCUCCCGUUCCGCCCUCCCUGUCGUCAGUGUCGUCGUCGGCUGCAGCAGCAGCUCGCGUCGAGAUCGAGAGUCUCGUGAUUCUCGGCAACCAGACCCUCGAGACGUCGCAGCUCGGCGAGGAGCUGGUGGAGCACCUGGGGCGUUUCUGCCGCGAGGUGACCGUCCUCGACGGGCUGCCAACGGAAGCUGAGGCGGCAGACCUGGACCCGGCGAGCACUUUUGUCAACCUGGUCGACCUGGAGGCGCCACUAUUCGCCGGCAUCACCGACACCACCAUGGACGGCGUCAAGCGCAUGCUGGAGGUGUCCAGGUCCGUCACGUGGGUGACCAAGGGUGCGCUGCUCGAGCAGCCGUACCACAUGGCCAGCAUGGCGUUUGUCCGGACGCUGAGGCAGGAGUCAACGCACAUCACCUUCAACCACAUCGACAUCGCGGGUCUCAAGUCGCAGUAUCAGCAGCACCAACAACACCAGCACCAGGGCGAUGGAACACCGUCCAGGGCCAUCGCCGAGUACGUGAUGCGGCAGUGCGCCCUGGAUGCGUGGGACGCUCCGCCUUCGGUGCUGGCGACGCCCAUCCAUCGCAACUGUGGGUUUCUUUGGUCGCGGGAGUAUGAGACCUUCCUGGAUGAAAGCGGGCGGCUGCAGAUCCCGCGGCUGGUCAAGAAUAGCAGUCAGAACGCGCGGAUCAACUCGUCCAGGCGCCUGCUGACCAAGACGCUACCGGUUCCCGAGUCUGUUAUUAGCGUGGUCUGCGACCCGAGUGGUGGUGAAGGUGAUGAGAAUGGUGAUGGUGCGCUGCCCGUGGUGGUGGAGCAGAUGCCGGGCCGGCGACGGCAAGCCAAGGCCAAUCACGAUGCCGCCGACAACGACGUGCUUCUCACCCGAGUCCAGAGCUCGAGUCUGCUGGCACUCAACGUCGCCACGGACACAUUCUUGUUCCUUGGCAUCGGGAGGAGCGAGAAGGAUGGCCAGAUCCAGGUUCUUCUCUCCGCAGACAACUCCUCCGCCGUCAUCCCACUGGCAAGCGUCACCGCCCCUCUGCAGCCCGAAGGCGAGCUGGACGCAGACGGCCUGCUCGUCGCAGUCGCAAGCGAGCUCCUCGCCGAAUCAAUCGUCGGACAGGUUCCAGCGGGCAGCCAUAUCUUGCUUCAUGCUUCUCGCAGCAAAGAUGACGUCCUUGCUGCGGCCCUUUUCCGCCGCGCAGACAGCGCGAAUAGGGACAUCCGUGUCAGCUUGUCGUGCAACGGACAGGACCAGCCCCAGCAGCAUGGCGGCAAAGUGGCCCAGCCGUGGCUGGAGGUGGACACCCGCGCACCCCUCCACGUCCUGCGCAAGCACCUGCGCCUGGUCGGGCCGUCGCACUUUGUCGACGUGACAUUUGGACAACGCGACCUGGGCCUGCGGGUGGCCCAGGCUAUGCCAGCUGGCGCCAUACAGAUCAAAACAUCGGGCCUCUACCGGCACGAGGUCUCUUCUCCUGCUGUGCCUUUGCCGCCUGACGUCGUACGGGAUCUGGUCGCCCGGCUUCACAACGCCGUCGCUGGUGCAGCGCGACAGUCAUCCCCGUCCACGUUGGAGCUGGUCGUGCCAGUCGAGCAUUUGAGCACUCGACUCGGCCACCGACACCAAAAGCACGCAGCCAGCGGUAUCCGGUGGCCCGUAGAUGGCUCGUUCAUAGAGACGCAAGUCCGCCCCCUGAACGCACGCAGUCUCUUCUCCAGGGAUAAGACGUACGUGCUCGUCGGGCUGACGGGACAGCUGGGCCAGUCGCUGGCCGAGUGGAUGGCGUCCAACGGGGCCGGGUGUGUCGUGCUGACGAGCCGACGGCCGGCCGUCGACCAGCGGUGGCUCGGCUCGUUCAGGGGGUCGGGCACACUCGUCAAGGUGAUGUCUAUGGACGUGCUGGACACGGACCAGCUGGCGGCGACCAUGGACGAGAUCCGGGCGACAUGCCCGCCCAUCGGCGGCGUCGCCAAUGGGGCCAUGGUGCUCGAGGACGUGCUCUUUUCCAACAUGUCGGCGGAGGCUAUGAGCAAGGUGCUGGGCCCCAAGGUCGACGGGUCGCGUCACCUGGACGAGUACUUGGGCGAUGACGACCUCGACUUUUUCGUGCUCUUGUCCUCGGUCGCGUAUGUUGUUGGCAAUGCGGGCCAGGCGAACUAUGCCGCAGCCAACGGCUACCUACAGACGCUGGCCAGGCAGCGGCGCGCGAGGGGCCUGGCCGCAUCGGUCAUCGACAUUGGGCGCGUCGCGGGCAUCGGCUACAUCGAGGCUGCGUCGGAUGCCGUGAGGGAGCAGCUCAGGCGGUUCAGCCUGUCGCCCAUCUCCGAGGUCGACCUGCGCCAGGCAUUUGCCGAGGCCAUCUACGCGGGCCAUCUGAGUCCCGAGGAGCUAAAGGCUCCCGCAGAUGGUCCUAGACACCAUGUUCCCAACGCCACUGUGACCACGGGAAUCCGCGAGGUUGGAGACGACGAGGACAUCAAGGGCCCGUGGUUCGUCAACGCCGUGCUGUCGCAUCUCAUCACCGAGAGCGCGCCCCAGGCGUACAAUGGACCUGAUGGCGGCACCGGCGACAGCAAGGCGGCCGCACUCCCUGUUAGCCAGCGCCUGCCACGGGCGUCGAGCAAGGAGGAAGCGCUUGAGGUGCUACUGGACGCGCUGUCGGCCAAACUGCGCGUCAUGCUGCAGCUGGGUGAGUCGGACGGGCCCAUCGUGCAUGACGCGCCGCUUGUUGAGCUCGGCAUCGACUCGCUGGUCGCGGUGGAGGUACGCUCGUGGUUCCUCAAGGAGGCAAAAGUUGACAUACCAGUGCUGAAGAUCGUGGGGGGCGCGUCGGCGUUGGAAUUGUGUGAGAGGGCAGUUGAGAAGCUUCCCCAGGAGCUGAAGCCUGCAGGCGCUGGUGUCGGCGAGACCAAGGCAGAAGAAAGAAACGCGGCGGCGAAGGGGCCUGCCACAUCCGAGCCUCGCCGCACAGCAGUGCCCAGGGAUGAUGCCGUCCCUGCCCCUGCUGAUACCAAGGUAGAGGCAGCGGGCAUAGACACUCCAAUGUCGGGACUUGGUCCGGCCUCAAGCUCCAGCUCGACUUCUGGCGACGGCAGUGCGGUGUCCGACCUGGAGACGCCUGCGACAGGAGCAUCCGUCUUGUCGGCUGAAGUCACGCCCAUGGCCACGCCUGACGGAAGCCAUGCUGCUGCCGCUGGAGCAAAAGGGUCGGGGUACUUCAAGUCGGCAGUGUUGUCCUCUGUGACAACAGCUACCGCUUCCCCGAGCGCCCCCAAGAAGAAGAAGAUCCUCAAGAGCGAGCGCAUCUCUCUCGCUCAAUCCCGAUUCUGGUUCUUGCGCCACCUGCUGAACGACCAGACAACGCCCAACGUCACCUUCUCAUACCACGUCACUGGCAACCUGCGCGUUGGCGACCUCGAGAGGGCCGCUCGCAUCGUCACCACGAGGCAUGAGGCUCUGCGCACUUGCUUCGUGGCCGACGAGUCCGACGCCGGCGAGGCGUACCAGAAGGUCCUGCCUAGUUCCUCGCUGCGCAUCGAGCAUAAGAAGGUCGCCUCUGCCGCCCAUGUCGAUGCGGAAUUCGCGAAGCUGGGCCAGCACGUCUUCAAUCUCGAGGAUGGCGACGUGAUGCGCCUGGUUCUCCUCCAGAUAUCGCCGUCCGAUCACGUUCUGCUGGUCAACUACCAUCACAUCGUCAUGGACGGCGUCAGCUUCCAGGUCUUUCUCUCUGACCUGGAGAAGGCUUACAACGGCCAGUCCCUCGGUGCCCCGCCCCGGCAGUACCCAGACAUCUCGGCUGCACAGCGCCGGGCCGUCGAGAAUGGUGACAUGGCCGACGAACUCAAAUACUGGCGGGCGGUGUUCCCACCCGGUGAGCAGCCCCCCGUGCUGCCACUCCUCCCCAUGGCCCGCACUAGCGCCCGGGUGGCCAUGAAGGACUUUGCCUCUCACCAGGUGGCCGGCUGGCUCGACGCCAGGGUGCUGGAGCGUGUCAAGGCCGUGGCCAAGGCGCAGAGAUCAACGCCAUUCCACAUCCAUCUCGCCGCCUUCAAGGCCAUGCUCUUCUGCCUGGCCGGCCCAGACACGCAGGAGCUGACCAUCGGAAUCGCCGACGCCGCCCGCAGUGAUGAGAGCAUCAAGGGCAGCAUCGGUUUCUUCUUGAAUCUCCUCGCUCUUCGCUUCACGAGGCAGCCCGCCCAGAUCUUUGCCGACGCCGUCGCCGAGGCUCGCAACACGGCUUACCAGGCGCUGGGCAACUCGCGCGUGCCCUUUGACGUGUUGCUGUCGGAGCUCAACAUCGCACGCUCGUCCUCGCAUAGCCCCUUCUUCCAGGCCUUUGUCGACUACCGCCAGGGCACGCACGAGAAGCAGCAGUGGGGUAACGUGCAGCUGGCCUACCGCGAUGUCCACCCCGGACGGACAGCCUACGAUGUCACGCUCGACGUGCUGGACAACCCGGACAGCGUCUACAUCAUGCUGCGGGUGCAGACGGGCCUGUAUGAUACCACGGCGGCGAAGCUGCUGCUCGACACAUACAUGCACUUCCUCGACACCGUCACCGCGGACCCGGCGCUGGCCCUCGAUGUCACGCCCAUCUUUGGUGACGCGCAGCUGCGACAAGCCACCAGCAUCGGCCGCGGCUCCGACAUGGUCUCAGACUGGCCUGCAACGCUGCCCCAUCGCAUCGAUCAGAUUGCAACCGACAACGCGGACAAGGUGGCCCUGACGGAUGGGGAUGGAGAGUCUCUGACAUACGCGGACAUGAGCCGGAGGAUCGAGGGAACCGCUAGGGCUCUCCUGGACUCGGGCGUCGUUGGUUCUGGCUCACGCGUGCUGGUCUUUCAGCAGCCCUCGGUGAACUGGGCGUGUUCCAUGCUCGCUAUUAUGCGUCUUGGCGCCGUUUACGUGCCGCUGGACUUGCGCAAUCCUAUUACACGCCUGGCUGCCGUCGCCAGGGACUGCAAGGCCACUGCUGUGCUCUCCGACUCUGCAUCACUGAACGACGCACCACAGCUGGGAGUUGGGGCCGUCAUCGACGUUUCCAGCCUGAGCAUCGCUGCUAGCAAGGACACGAAGCAGGAGGAGGAGGAUGGGAACGAGUCAGCAGCGAGAGACAAUCAUGCCCAAGCGGGCUCUCCAGCCGCCAUUUUGUACACGAGCGGGUCGACAGGCACGCCCAAGGGCAUCGUGGUGACCCAUGCAGGCCUACGCAACGAGAUCGAGGGCUACACCAAGACGUGGGGGCUGGGCGCCGAGUGCGUGCUGCAGCAGAGUGCCAUGACUUUCAACCACUCGUCGGACCAGAUGCUCACGGCGCUGGUCAACGGCGGCUGCGUCCUCGUCGUGCCCGCCCACAAGCGCGGCGAUCCGCUUGAGGUCGCCUCCCUGAUCGCCGACAAUGCCGUCACCUACACUAAAGCGACGCCCUCCGAGUACCUCAUGUGGCUGCAGUACGGCCGCGAUUCCCUACGCAGCGCCGCCGCCUGGCGCUUUGCCUUUGGCGGCGGCGAGCAGCUUCCCCGCUCCGUGCCGGACGGGCUUGCAAGCCUCGGGCUCCGGGACCUUCGCUUCCACAAUUCCUAUGGCCCGACCGAGAUCUCUAUCUCGUCGCACAAGAUGACCAUCCCCUACACAGACCAUGGUGCUAUGCUGGCCCUUGGCCGAACCAUCCCCUGCGGCUUCUCGCUCCCCAACUACCAUACCUACAUUGUCGACGAGCACCUCCAACCUCUGCCCAUCGGUAUGCCCGGCGAGGUGUGCAUCGGCGGGGCCGGCGUGUCUCUCGGCUAUCUUAACAACGCCGAGCUGACCGCCCAGCACUUUGUGCCCAACCCAUUCGCGACGGCUGAUGAUAUCGCCCGUGGGUGGACGCGCAUGUACCGUACGGGCGACGUGGGCUUUUUGCGCCACGACGGCGCCAUGGUGUUCCAGAGCCGCAUGGCAGGCGACACGCAGGUCAAGCUGCGUGGCCUGCGCAUAGAGCUGCGCGACAUCGAGAGCUCCAUCGUUGCUGCAGCGGGCGGUGUGCUUUCCGAGGCCAUUGUCACGCUGCGUGACAGCGAUUUGCUCGUUGCCCACGUGGUCUUUGCACCGCAGGAGCAUCGGCAGCGGCAGAAUGACGACGUAAAGACCUUCCUGGAUCGACUUUUGAGCCAGCUCCCCCUUCCCCAGUACAUGGUUCCUGUGGCAGCCGUGCCUGUUGACAAGCUUCCCAUGAACAACCAUGCCAAGGUCGACCGCAAGGCUGUGCGGGAAAUGGCUCUGCCGGAACUUGAUAGCAGCAGCAUCAGGCCUGGAAACGAAGAUGGCUCUUCCAACGAGGACUUGACCGAGGCCGAGUCGCAGCUCGCGCUUAUAUGGAGGCGGGUCCUCGGCAGCCAGGCGGAGCAGCUCGGGCUACUGUCCGGCAUGGGGUCCUCGACCAACUUCUUCCUCGUGGGCGGCAACUCGCUGCUGGUAAUCCGUCUCCAGGCGCAGAUCCGCAGGGUCUUCAACACCGUGGUGCCCCUUGUGCGACUCUUGGGUGCCAGCACGCUCGGCGACAUGGCCCAGGUCAUAGAAGAGGGUGCGGGAAACAAUGCUAAGACCAGGGCCCUCAUCGACUGGGAAAUUGAGACGCGCCCUCCUACCAUGCCAGAUUUCCUUAGGGCUGUCGAUGUCGGCGGCAAUCAAAACCAGCACGAUGAAAAGAAGACACUCGUGUUUACCGGCGCAACAAGCUUCACAGCCCGCCACCUCCUCCCCCGCCUCGCAACCAGCGACGCCGUCGAGGCAAUCCACUGCGUCGCUCUCCGUACCGACAAGGUGCGCGAUGCCGAGCCCUGGAGCCACCCCAAGGUCCACUACCACACCGGCGACUUGUCCUCGGAGCUCCUCGGGCUUCCCGAGCCUGUUUUCCGCGACCUCGCCGCCCGCGCCGACGCCGUUGUGCACCUAGGCGCUAUCCGCGGCUUCUUCGACAACUACCACCUGCUGCGGCCGGCCAACGUCAGCCCGGCGCGCGAGCUGGUGCGCCUCGCAGCACCGCGCCGCAUCCCCAUCCACUUCGUCUCCACGGCUGGCGUGCUGCCCCGCCAUGAAUGUACUGCUUCUGGUGCUGCUGCAGCGUCCGCAGCGCAAUGCGUGCCCGCCGAGGACGGCGACGACGGCUACGCCGCGUCCAAGUGGGCCAGCGAGCGCAUCCUCGAGCGCGCCGCGGGCGAGAUGGGCGUCCCGUCCACCAUCUACCGCUUCGUGCCCCCGCCGCCGUCUGCCGCGGACGAGGGGGCCAAAGCAGUGCUCCUGGCCGAGCUGGGCCGCCUGGUCGUCGCGUCCGGGCAGAUGCCCGACAUGACCGGCUGGUCCGGCCGGGUCGACUUCAUUCCCGCCGAGGACGUCGCGGGCCGGCUCGAGGGUGCGAUACUGGAACCGACGGUUGCAGAUGCGGGCGCGCGCUUCCGUCACUACGAGAGCCCGAUUUCGCUGCGCGCUGAGGAGCUGCGCGCGACGCUCGCGACGCGCGAGGCGGAGGGGCUCGGGCGCAUGCCGCUGCUGAAGUGGUUCGGCCGCAUCAAGGCGUAUGGCUUUGCGUACCUGCUGACGUCGCAGGACACGCGGGUGGACACUGGUGGUGAGGGCCAGAGUGUUGUCGAGUCGCGGAGGUGA